CCCCCCCUGCUUUGGAUGAUGAAGAAAUCUGUUUGGUAGGAAGGGAAGAGAGAAGCCAGAGAGAUUACCUCACCAAGUGGAAGAGAGGAAGCGAGGAAGCGAGGGGAGGCGAGACCCUGAAAGAGAGGAGAGCCAAGGAAGGGAAAGGCUUUUGGUGGAAAGGGAGAAGCAACGAGUGGAGCUGGCUGGGUUUGCUCAGCGGGAAGGGGGGAGGUAGCAGCUCGCAGGCUGUGUGGAGCCAUGCAGAUCCAGUCUUCUGGUCCACAGUCCAAAGCCUCCAGCUUCCUCCUCAGUCAGAGAUGUGUGCUGUCCCCCAAAAUGGAAAUCCAUCGUGAACAGAGUAUCUGCCAGGCGCGAGCCGCUGUCAUGGUGUACGACGACGCCAAUAAGAAGUGGGUUCCCGCCGGUGGAUCCACUGGCUUCAGCAGAGUCCACAUCUACCACCACACAGGCAACAAUGCUUUCCGCGUGGUGGGACGCAAGAUCCAAGAUCAUCAGGUGGUAAUAAACUGUGCAAUCCCCAAGGGUCUGAAGUACAACCAGGCCACGCAGACCUUCCACCAGUGGCGCGACUCGAGACAAGUCUAUGGCCUGAAUUUUGGCAGCAAGGAGGACGCCAAUGUAUUUGCCAGUGCCAUGAUGCACGCUCUGGAGGUGCUCAACUCCCAGGACUCUGGCCCCACAUUGCCGAGACAAAGCCCACAAGUUCAGAAUGGCCCCACACCAGAAGAGCUGGACCUGCAGAGAAGGCAGCUUCAGGAGCUGCAGCGGCAGAAGGAGCUGGAGCGAGAGCGUCAAGAGAGGGAGCGACUGGAGCAGGAGCGCCAGGAGCAGGAGCGCCUGGAGCGAGAGAUGCUGGAGCGCCAGGAGCAGGAGCGCGAGCGUCAGGAACACGAGCGACAGGAACGCGAGCGUCAGGAGAGGGAGGCGCAGGCGGAGAGGGAGCGGCUGGAGCGGGAGCGCCAGCAGCAGCAGGAGCGCAGCGAGCGUGAGCUGAUGGAGAGGGAGAAGGCGGAGAGAGAGCGGCUGGAGAAGGAGCAGCAGGAGCAGUUGGACAGAGAGCAGCAGGACUGGGAGAGAGGGAGACGCAUCUCGAAUGCUGCUUUUGAAAGCACCCUGUAUAGUCCCACGCCGCAGGAGUACAAUAGAACACCCUCCGCACCCGUCUCUCCAUCCAUGCCCUCAUACCCAACUCCUGGGACUCCAUUGUCGCCAUCCUCCUCUAACGCCACGCCCCCAACCCCGCCACUCAGGCACUCGGCCUCCAAAUUUGCCACUUCGCUCGGCUCGGCGUUCCACCCAGUCCUGCCUCACUACGCCACGGUCCCGAGGCGACAGCAGGCCGUACCGCAGGCUCCGCCCCCUGCUCCUGCACCUCCUGCUCCACCCAAGUCUGUGGUGUGGUCAGCGUGCAAUUUCACCCCACUUCCUCCGUCGCCCCCUGUCAUGAUAAGCAGUCCCCCAGGGAAGGCAGCUGGUCCGCGGCCACUCAUCCCAAUUGCAGCCCCUUCCCCUCUCACCCAGAAGCCUCCUUCGCCGUCCCCCAACGGCCCGCCCAUGUACCCCGCGCCUUCUCCCUUGACCAUCUCACACAGCCACGCCCCCCUCGGCAUCGCCUGUCCCACCCCGCCUCCGCCACCUACCCCGCCCCCUCUCCCUUCCCCUGUAGCUCCCUAUGCGUCCUCCACCUCGUCUCCCCCCUCCUCAUCCCAGGCUCCUGGUGUGCCCUCUCCCUCCACAGCGCCCCCUGCUGCUGCAGCCACUGCCGCCACCUCUGCCUCUGUUGAGCACCUCUCCCUCCCUGUGGGCCUGGGCCUGUCGGGGCCGGGGGAGCUGGACACAGCUGUGGGCUCAGAGCCCUACCCGCCUCAGGGGGGCUUCUCCUGUCAGCCCCAGGACUUGGUGCAGGCUCCGGGCUUGACCGCCCCCACCCCUCCCCCACCCCCCCCACUGCCACCCAGCUCCACGACACCCACCGUCCCGCGCCAGCGCCCCACCCCCUGUCACCCACCACCACCACCUCCUCCUCCUCUCCCCCCACGCUGACCCCUGCGGGCGCCCGCCCCCCCACCACCAGGUCCACCUCCUCCUCCCGGGAACCCGCCACCUCCCCCAGCACCUCCCCUUCCCGCCGGACUGUUCUCCCCUGCCGAGGACCGCCCCAUCUCGGGCCUGGCCGCCGCCCUCGCUGGAGCCAAGCUGCGCAAAGUGCCAAGGAGUGAUGAUGCUGGGGCAGCUCUGGCAGCAGCCUUGUCAGGAGCUAUAGGAGCUGCAGGAGCUGCAGGGGCCAAGACUGAAGCCAGAGGCAAUGGCCCUCUGCCCGGAGGAGGAGGCCUUAUGGAGGAGAUGAGCGCCCUGUUGGCCAGGAGGAGAAGAAUUGCAGAGAAGGGCUCAUCACCUGAACCUGACCAGAGAUCAGAGGACGGCGACUCAAACACAACCCCUAAAAUGUCAGCCUGUAGCACACCAGAUAUGCCCAGGAAGCCAUGGGAACGAACAAACACCAUGAAUGGUAGCAAAUCUCCCGUCAUUGGAAGACCUAAAUCCACUCCGACACCUACUGCAUCCUUAACUGCCAACGGUGUGCCAACAGAAACUGUGGACUAUGACAGAUUGAAACAGGACAUUCUGGAUGAGAUGAGGAAGGAGUUGUCCAAGCUAAAAGAAGAGCUCAUUGAUGCAAUCAGGGAGGAGCUGGGUAAGUCCAGCACGGCAUAGAGGAUCCAAACAUGCUGAUCAGAACAUCUCCACCAACGUGACAACGGCAGAAUACAGCGAUAAGCAACAAGCGGUGGAGACGGGCCAUGAUGAUGAUGAUGAUGAUGAUAAUCACACGACAGAGGACUUUAUUUGGGGGGGUUGGAGCAGCGCUGGACACGACAACAGUGGACAGGGUAGUGGUGGAAAGCAAAAAGCUCAUAACUCUGAUAGAUUCCACAAACCACACCCCCGUCUCACCCGGGGGUGGGGGGCGGGACAGUGCGCGAGAGAAGCGGGAAAAAAAGUCUUUAUGCAAAGGAUGAUUUCUGUGUCUCUCUUUGGCCUAUAAUAACAAGAACACACCAACACACAGGCAUAAACAAACUCUUGGAUGAUACUGUAUUAAAGCAUUGACGCAGAAGUGA